UUUCGUUCCACCUAACCAGGCUCCGGGGGACGGAUCCAUAUUAUCCAAAAACAGAAAGCGACCUGUAUAGAGCAAUUUUAAACGCUGAUGUUGAUUUUACGGACGACUCGUGGGCUGAAGUCAGUCGGACCGGACGGGAUGUGGUUAAGCGUUUACUGGUGGUUGAUCCCCUCCUGAGAAUGAACACUGCGCGGUUACUCACACACUCAUGGGUGCGCGGGGAAAGCACUCCGGAUGUGCAGCUGGCGUUAGCACAAAAACAGCUGGAAAAUUACACACAGCGAAGGAGAGAGGAAAACAAGCGAGUUUCCGAGAAGAAGUCUGACAGACCAAGCGUCCCGAUCAACGCCUCCUCUCAAUGCAGUGGAAUACCAAUCCCCAUUCAAACGGAUGGGUGAUGUAUUGCAUGCCCGUUUGUGCCCAUCUAAC